AUGGACCCAAAGAGUGAAGCGAUCAGAAAUGCAUGGCAAUACUUGAGAUACGGCAACUAUGAUGAAUUUCAGAACAUAUAUGAGAAGAAUUCUCAAUACAUGGGGCCUGAUUCAUACAUUACCGAAGAAGGUGUUGAGCAACAAACUUUUUUAAUGAUUGCUGCCUACUCAAACUCGAAAAAUGCAUUGGAAUACUUAGUUGGUAAAGGAGCAAAUGUAGAAGCUCGCAAUUUUAAUGGAUACAGCGCUUUACAUUUUGCAGCUCAAUCUGGAGCAAUGGACGCUAUUACGUUUUUAGCUAACUUACCAGAAAAUAAAGGUUCAACAGACUCACGAAAUCAACGUAAAAUAAAUAUAGAUUGCCGAACUACUGAUGGAAAAACGCCUUUGUUUAUUGCUGCCAGCCGUGGACACAUAGAAGCAGUAAAUUACUUACUCUCUAUGGGUGCUGAGGUUGAUGCAUCAGAUAGCGAAGGUUAUACACCAUUAAUGGCUGCUUUGAUUGGAAAUCAUAAAAAAGUUGUUGAAACAUUAGUUGCUAAGAAUGCGGAAGUAUUCCACAUGACUGCUAAUAAGCUAACACCUAGUAUAAUAGCAACAGAAUACAAAAGAACUUGGUUCAAGGAAAAAUAUAUUCAUUAA